CCCUCGGCGCUGGCAUUGAGAACCCCCAAUGCCUGCGCGCUGCUGACAGGUCUGUCGCUUCGCCCCAGCUACGACCGAGGGGCCACGGUGGCCGGCGUGGUGGGCGUCGGGCGGCUGAUCACCGGCAUGGACCGGGGGCUGCAGGGCAUGUGCGUGAACGAGCGGCGUCACCUCAUCGUGCCCCCCCACCUGGGCUACGGCAGCCUUGGGGUAGCGGGGCUGAUCCCCCCAGACGCCACCUUGUACUUUGAUGUCGUCAUGCUGGACAUCUGGAACAAAAACGACAAGCUGCAGAUCACCACCCUCUCCAAACCGGAGCACUGCAACCGCACGGUGGAGAACUCGGACUUCGUGCGGUACCACUACAAUGGCACGCUGCUGGAUGGCACUCCCUUCGACUCCAGCUACAGCAAGGACGGCACCUACGACACCUACGUGGGCACCGGCUGGCUGAUCAAGGGCAUGGACCAGGGGCUGCUGGGCAUGUGCGCUGGGGAGAAGAGGAGCAUCAUCAUCCCCCCGUUCCUUGCCUACGGGGAGAAGGGCUACGGGACCGUGAUCCCUCCACAGGCCUCGCUGGUGUUCAGCGUGCUGCUGGUGGACUUUCACAAUCCCAAGGAUGGUGUUUUCCUGGAGCACCUGGAGGUGCCGGAGUCCUGCAAGCGCAGGGCU